GAGAGUCUGGACUGCAUUGACUCUUCUCUCAGGACACUUACCUGUCGUCUUCGCUCGAUACCUGCCAUUGUUCCUAUCUUUGCUCAACCUUACUAGCCAUGCGUCUCCGCUCCAUCUUGAGCUGUACCCUUUCUCUGUCCCUCACCAUCCUCCCUUUCGUGACCUUCGCAUCCUCAAACAUCGGUGACCGAGAUGUUGGAAACUCGAAUGGCGUGCAGAGCCGCGCAGAACAUCAGAGAGUAGCGAUAUGCAGACGGGAUCCGACGUCUCUUGAGGAUCAUGAGUUGGCAAAGAGGGAUACAGUGGAUGGCUCAGGAAGUCCGGACGUUACGCUUCCAUCGGUCGGAGCGUCGCUCGGGAAUAUUACUACGAAGUUAGGGAAUAUCAACUUGACCGUCACGAACGUCACCAUCUCCGUCGGAGACAUCGACAUUUCCAAUAUCUCAAUCGGAAACAUCACAGUGAUCGUCUCCGUCCCUCUUCCUGGAGCCAGUCCAGUUAACGCCUUCAGUGCAUUCACCUCCGGAACGUCCAUAUCCUCCUCCACCGCUUCCCCUACUUCCACAGUCAGCUCCACCUCCGUCACUCAGACUGCGACCACGUCCACGUCCACCGGUACUACCGACACGGACCUCGCGCGCCGCCAAGCAAGCGAUUCCUCCUCUAUCGUCACCGUAACGCCGUCGUCUUCGGCAACGAGCACGGCCACAAGCACGAGCGUGGGCGUGAGCGCGACUGUGAGCGGAAGUCCGAUCGACUUAGGAGUAGGGAAUGUGUAUACGGAGAUUGGGAAUAUCAGUAUUGAAGUUGGGCAUGUUAACGUGUCGAUCGGGAAUGUCAAUAUCAGUAACGUGACGGUCGGCAACAUCUUUGUCCUCGUCCAAAUCGGUCAACCCGACUUGACUGGACUCCUCUCCAACGCAACAUCCAGCCUCGCUGGCAUCGGCGCCUAA